AUGGUUGCUAUUAAUGGUGAUAGGGUUUUGGUUGAGGAAGAAGAAGAAGGAGAAGAAGAAGAAGUGGUGAAUUUGGAAAGUGGUGGAGAGCAUUAUCCUGGUGGUUCAGAUGAGACAAAGCAUUAUUAUUCGGAUAGGAGAAGGAGAAGUUUUGAUAGGUCAAAUUCUCGUAGGAAAUCGAUGGUGAUUGGAGAUGUUGAUGAGUUGAGAGUGAUAUCUAAUGCGAAGGUUUCACCAGCCACGACCGAGUUGUUCUACGGAGCAAAGGUCUUGAUCACUGAAGAAGAUUUGAAGGGUGCUAAAUUGAAUCCUAGGAAUAAUGUUAGUGUUCAUUCUGAUUGUACAACAGGGUCUUCUUCAAAGGAAGCUUGCAUCGGAGGUGAUCAAAAGGGACCGAACAAGUUUCACAAAUGGGGCAAGUUAUGGAAUAAAUUGGGAUUAGUACAGAGGAGAAAGGAAGAUAAGUUGGGCGAGGAAGAUUGUGCUUCUGGUGAUGUUGUUAAUAAGCCAAUUGCCGAGUCUUGGCAGAAGCUUAGGAGGGUUGUUAAUGGACAAGGGAGCGAAUCGGUUAGUGAGAAGCUUAUUCGUAGCUAUAGUGUUAGCUGUAGAAAUCAUAGUAGAAUGUCGGGUUUAGUCAAUGGCCUUGGAGGUCCUGAAACCAAAGGAAAUGUUUUGAAUGGAAGACAAGAGCUUACGCUUCAAAGGAAUCGAAGUGUUAGGUAUUUGUCAACAAGAAGUUUGUUGUAA